AUGGCGUGGCACGCCUGCGGCAUCCCUCCAGUGUUGGUGGCUGCUGUUCAUUGGUGUUCGUUUGCCCCUAGAAGGAGCCACCGGAACAUUGAUACGUUUGAGAGCAUUGCACAACAGAUGGCGACCAGAGGCCACUGUCGUACGGCCAUGGAGUGCAGGAACAAGACUAAAGUGAUGAGAGCAGAGUAUAGACGGGUGGUCGCUCACAACUCCAAAUCGGGCAACAGCAGGACCACCUGUCCAUACUAUGAGCAACUGCACAACAUUCUGAGAGGGGAUGCCAGCAUGACCCCACUGCAAGUGGCCCGAAGUCUGCAUGUGCAUACGGCCAAUGAUGCACCCCAGGCUGCUUCCUCUGGCAAGAACUUCACGGAAAGAACAUCUAUGCCGGCAGCAAUCCGCGUGGAGUUUUCAAGGCAAACUGAAUUGAGCACAAUCAACAGAAGUCACAUCGAGGAAUGUGGACUGUUGGGGACAGAUGCACAUGCCAAUGAAGACCCAGCAGAAGUGACUGGAGGUCAAGGCCCCUGCGAACAACAACCAGGUUCGGAAGCCGGAGGCGAAACACAACAUGUGGAUGAGGAGGACCCCCGUUCAAAUUGUGACCCAGCUGUACACAACCCUACUGCGACCAUGUCCCCUGCUGUUCAUCUUGCGGCGCUUCGGAGGAAGAAGCCAAAAGGAAGCCGAACAGAGGUGCUCCUUCUGGCGAUACUUGAGGAAGCAAAAGAGGACAGUCGUAGGAGGGACAGAGCGGCAGCCAGCGGACAUGCGGAGUUCAUGACGCUACUGAAGGAGAACGAUGUGAGGGCUGAACAGGACAGGCUUGAGCGAAGCCGAUACAGGGACAGAGUUGAUGGAAUUGUGUCUGUAGUGAGUGGCAUAGCUUCCAGCCUGGAAACGUUGACACGCACAUUCCAGGAACAGGGCGCGUCAAGCGGAAGCGUGAACAGCGUAAGUGCCAUUACACAGGGAAAAGGGACACAACUGACAAGUGUGCCAUUUGAGCAGCUCCAAAGGGCACCCUCCCACGUUAAAGCAAAUGUUGGUGCCCAGGGAAGAAAAGGUGAAAAGGCGUCAGGAAAAGGAAAACAGGCAGCAAACCAUCAGUCCCACACUGCCAGAUUGUCGCCCUUUGGCCUGCUCACUAACCGCACCAGCACAUUCCAACCCUUUUCCAUCUGUUCCUGAGAAUCGCAGGGCUUACAGUUCAGCCUCCGAUGAUGAAACCGUCAUUGAGGCAGAGCGAGUGACAGCAGUGUCUGACGCCAGGUUCCCCCCGAGUCAAGUGGGCGGGUCUGUAAACCGACAUUGCACCGAACCCUCUUCCUCCCUAGGGCUGGCUAAAUCAAUCCAGCCUCUGACGUCCACUCCUAACAUUUAGCGCAUUUCUCGACAUGUUAGGAAGCCUCAGCCAUAUAGCCCUUAGCCUUUUUCUCUUGGGACAUGUACAGUGACCCUGUCAAGUAACAGUUCAUCUCCACAUACACCGGCAGUCAGAAGCAUCUUUUCCCUAGUGUGAUUACCUGAGGUAAAGCCAGCGAAGGUAAUUUCAAAAUGUCGGUCAGUGAACCACCCUGCCCUUCCUCCCGUGGGAAUGUCAUGCUGUAUUUCUGCCUGGACGCUUCUCAGGGGACACAUAAGUGCCAUGUUGAACUGAUACAACUAUUGGGGACGUCGGUUCUUGAAUGGAUACCUUCAUAGGGUUUGCAGCACAGAACAAUGUCUGGCAUACCCACACUCGCCUUCCUGCACUGAGGAACCUAAGGAGUUAGUUUGUUUCAAUGCACUAUUUAAAGUUUUAUGAAUAAAGAGGAAAUGCUA